AUGCCCUUUCUGCUCGCUUCGCCAACCGACGCCUACUACAUGUGCACCCUGAAGGCCAUGUCUAUCGUAAACUGCUAUUCCUCACAUUCUACAGCUAACGAAGUAGAGCUUGAUGCGUUUUACGACCAACUUGAGGAGAUCAGCCAAAACGAAAAGCCCUUCUACGAGUUCGAUGUUGGACAUUUCAACGCUAGGAUUGGCGAAGCAUCAGAGUAG